AUGGAUGUGCCUGCUUGCACUCCCAGUAGCCCGAACGAUGAGGUAGAGAAGGCUACUAGUUCAGAGCUCCAUAACAUCGACCAUGGAGCCGAUACUGAGCUUCAGCGCAUGCUGUCCACCCGUCACUUGACAAUGAUCGCCCUUGGUUCCUCGAUUGGCAUGGGCCUGUGGCUGGGGAGUGGCACAUCUCUAUCCAAUGGAGGCCCAGCUGCAAUGCUCAUUGGGUAUAUACUGGCGGGAACAAUGGUUUGGACAGUCAGUCACUCGAUUGGCGAGAUGGCUGUUUUGUAUCCUCUUCCCUCGGCCUUUGUACAAUGGGCAUCAAUCUUUAUCAGUCCAUCGGUCGGGUUCGCUGUCGGCUGGGCCUAUUGGUUCUCAUACUUCAUCACGAUUGCGAAUGAAUUGCAGGGGGUGGUUACAGUGCUUCAAUUCUGGACUCAUGCGGUGCCAACCGCAGCAUGGAUCACUAUCUUCUGGGUAGUCAUCAUCUUCAUAAACCUGUGGGCAGUCAGAUUCUUCGGGGAGGUAGAAGUGGUCUCCUCGACCAUCAAAUUCUCCUGGAUUUUUGUCGUGAUUCUCUCAUUGAUUGUGAUAUCGGCUGGGGGCGCCCCAGACGAGGGACCUAUCGGGUUUCGGUACUGGAACUCAGAGCCGUUUACGAACGGAUUCAAGGGCUUUCUGAGCGUAAUGCCCACCUGUAUUUUCGCCAUGUCGGGCUCCGAAAACGCAGCCAUGGCGGCUGCAGAGACACGGAACCCUCGAAAGUCUGUACCUAGGGCUGUGGGCUCUAUCUGGCUGCGGCUGUCCUUGUUUUACCUGCUCGGAUCACUCGUCAUCACCAUCACCGUCUCCCCCCAUGACCCCAAUCUCUUUGGGGGGGAUGGAGCGAACAAUUCCCCCUUCGUCGUUGCAUACCAGAAUGCCGGCAUUCCGGCUCUCGCACACAUGAUGAAUGCCGUUAUUUUCAUCUCGGUGAUUUCCACGGGGAGUAUUUCCGCGUACGGUGGCUCACGGACACUAAUGGGCUUGACACAUCUUCGCAUGGCGCCAAAGAUCUUUGGCCGUGCAGACAAGACAGGCCGCCCUGUUGCAGGGCUGUUCGUUACCCUGCUGAUUGGAGGAGGAUUAGCAUAUCUCAACGUGAGCAGCCGCGGUGCGGACGUCUUUAGCUGGUUCUCCAAUCUAUCCUCCCUCUUUACGUUGUUUGGCUGGGGAUGCAUCUGUCUUUCGCAUCUCCGCAUGCGGUACGCGUGGAAGGCCCAGGGACGAUCCGAGGAAGAAUUGCCGUGGCGGACGUGGGCCUAUCCUUACUCCUCGUAUUGGGGGCUGGCCUGGUGCAUCAUUCUGAUUAUCGCAGAGUUCUAUCUGAGUAUAUGGCCCCUUCAUACUACUCCGAACGCAAAGGACUUUUUCGCCAAUUACAUCAGCGUCGUGGUCAUUGUCUGUGUAUACCUCGGAGCGCGGUGCUGGUACCGCGGGCCCUGGUGGGUGGAUGCUCAGACAAUUGAUCUGGAUGCGCUACGACGAUUCUACGCGCCUGAAGAUGAAGAGACGCAGCCAACGGGGGCAAAGAAACUCUUCUCGAGGGCCCUUGGUUGGGUGAUUCAGUAGAAGACUCCAUAGGGCAAACUCGGAGAUUUCCUACUCACCCAAGGCAUUGAAAAUGAUAAGCCGUGAAUUAAUUACAUGUACCGCAUACUUUUCCAGCAGAAAUAGAGUUCAGUGGGCUCGUUUGUUACUAUCCAUGUUGUCGGAAAGAUGAUAUGACCCUAUCUCUACUAAUAUCAACAGACAGACCAAAUGAGAGCCUCGGGACUUCAUAUCCCCAAGUAAGAAACGGGAGAAACCACUAUAUUUAAGCGAAAAACUAGCGAUUUGAACUAGUGAAGCAUGGUGCUGCACAUGCUCUUUACAUUCGAGUUCUACAUA